AUGACCUGCAAGGAGUUCAAGGCCAAGACCGCGGUCGAACGGAAAACAUUCGUGGAGACCAACCGACUGUGCUUCAACUGCCUGGGCAAUCACUUCUUGUCACGGUGUCAAUCAAAGAAGAAUUGCCUCACUUGCAACGCACGACACCACACCAUGCUGCACGGGGCAUCCACGUCACCACCGUCCGCUGAGGCCACUUCACUUGCCACCACACUGGCCACCUCACGGCAGUGUGAGAGUCACAAGGCCGUCCUUCUUGCAACUGCCCGCGUCAAGGUCGCGGACCGCUACGGACCACACGAGGUUCGAGUCUUGAUCGACCAGUGCUCCGAGGUGUCCAUCAUCUCUGAAGCGCUGGCUCAACGUCUUCGUCUUCCUCGAGCUUCGACGAAUCUGUCCAUCUUUGGCAUCGGAGGGACUCGCUCUGGAUCGGCUCGUGGCAAAGUCACCCUGGACAUCACAUCCGACGUGACCAACGCCGAGCUUCGCGUGGUCGCCUUUGUGUUGCCUCGCAUCUCACUACAACAAGGCACCGCUCAACGCGAGAAUUGCAGCUGGCCUCACAUCCAAGGACUCCGGUUGGCCGACCCGCGGUACCUGGAUGACGACCCUGCGGAGCUACUUCUUGGUGCAGAGGUCUACUCGUUGAUCCUUGAGGAAGGCCUUCGCAAGGGCGACUCACGCAUGCCGAUCGCCCAGCAGACCAGCUUGGGAUGGAUCCUGUCCGGAGGCUACGACUCAGCAGUCACCGACGGACAUCGCCGCACGUUUCAGUGCACCGCCGACAACGACCUCGCUGACCUGGUGCAACGAUUCUGGGAGCAGGAACGCGAGCCAGCAGCUGGGAUCGUGCUCACCGCCGACGAAGCCAGAUGCGAGGACAUCUAUGUGCGCACAGUCACACGCACGUCCAGUGGAAGAUACGUGGUGAGGCUGCCAUUUGCCUCACCGCCGACAUCACUCAGCGAAACUCGUCGACCUGCAGAGCGCCUCCUGGAAGCAAUGGAGCGGAAGGGAGCCCGUGAUGCUCGGUUCGGUGAUCUCUAUCGAGACUUCAUGGACGAAUACGAAGACCUGCAACACAUGGAGAAGUUAGUACGUCUACUACAGGUUCUGGCCCCAGCACUCGCUGACGUCUUACUCCGUUGGCGUUGGCAUCGGUACGUUUUCGUCACGGACAUCGAGAAAAUGUACCGACAAAUUCUUGUGCAUCCGGAGGAUUGUCGCCUGCAAACCAUCCUGUGGCGCCACAACAACUCAGACAACAUCCGCGAGUACGAGUUGAAGACCGUGACCUACGGACUGGCGUGCGCACCCUUCCUCGCCAUCAGGACGCUUCACCAACUUGCUGCAGACGAAGAGGCACGAUAUCCACGCGGAGUCAGGGCGCUGCGACAAGACUGUUACGUCGACGACGUGGUCACCGGUGCUGACAGCCUGGCGGAUGCCAUCAAACUCCAACAGGAACUACAGAGUCUCUGCAUGGCGGGCGGAUUUCCUUUGCGAAAGUGGGCUGCCAACAAUCAACAGGUGCUCACCGGAAUUCCGCCGGAACAUCGGCUUCAACGCGGACCGCGCUCGUGGGAAGGAGAGAGCCACGCUACCCUGGGUCUUCGAUGGCAUCCUCAAGGGGAUUGGUUCUCCUUCACCAUACGUCCGCGUUCAACCACCGACCUCACGAAGAGACGAGUCUUGGCUGAGACAGCUCGACUAUUCGAUCCGAUGGACUGGCUAGCGCCUGUCGUCAUCCGAGCCAAAAUUCUGAUCCAGUCUACGUGGCUUCAACGGCUGGAUUGGGACUCUCCGCUGCCUGAUCAGGACGCACACCGCUGGAGACAACUGUUGAAUCAACUUCCGUUGCUGGAUCACAUCCGUGUGGAUCGUUGGCUCAGCACCGGAGAUGACCAGUCGCAAUUGCAGCUCCAUGGGUUUGCCGAUGCAUCGGAGCGAGGAUACGCCGCCGUCGUGUACAUCCGCAACGCUGCAACAGAGAAGACAUCAAUUAAUCUGCUGAUGGCAAAAUCGAAGGUCGCACCAGUCAAGCAGGUGUCGUUACCUCGAUUGGAACUUUGUGCCACUGCAUUACUCACCACGCUCAUGCUGCAUGUACGCACUACCCUCGGCUUGGCUGCUACGCCGGUGCACCUGUGGUCUGAUUCUAAGGUCACCCUUCACUGGAUUCGCGGACACUGCACCCGCUGGAAGACCUUUGUUGCCAACCGAGUGUCGCAGAUCCAGACCCUGCUUCCAGACGCUCAUUGGAGACACGUCGCUGGACGAGAAAACCCUGCAGAUUGUGCAUCGCGUGGUGUUACACCUGAGGACUUACGCAAUCAUAAACUGUGGUGGACAGGACCUACCUGGCUGUCAGGAGACGAGGCUGCCUGGCCUGGUGCAAACAUCGACGUCCCAGAGGAUGACCUCCCUGAGCAACGAGUCACCAGCCUGGUAGUCAAGGCGCCAGUCACUACCGAACCGGACCUUCUUCUGCGGUUCCCGACGCUGCAACGGCUGCUGCGAGUCACUGCGUGGUGUCGUCGAUGGCUCAACCCGGUGAGACGUGACGCCAGACCUGGCCGUCCAUUGCAGCCUGACGAGCUGGACUCCGCGCUGUUUCGAUGGCUGCGAGUGGUGCAGGCGCUCCACUUUCCGACGGACGUAGCCGCGGCCUCUGCUGGACGCACUACUCCACCGCAAAGCCACCUGGUGAAGUUGAGUCCGUUCCUCGACGAUCAAGGCGUACUGCGCGUCGGAGGACGUCUCAAAAACUCUCAACUUCCGCUCGACGAGAAACAUCCGAUGAUCAUCCCGGCGGCAUCCUGGCUGACUCGGCUGGUGAUCGAUUCCUGCCAUCGACGGACACUGCACGGGGGUGUGCAGCCGACACUCGGCCUGCUCCGCCUGCGCUUCUGGGUACCUCGAGGAAGAACCGCCGUCAAGCAGCAGCUACAUCGAUGCGUUACCUGCACUCGAUGGCGUGCUGCCACGCCACAGCCUCAGAUGGGUAACCUUCCUCGGGACCGAGUAACGCCAACCCGACCGUUCCUCAGCACCGGCGUGGAUUACGCAGGACCCAUCCUCCUUCGGACCAGCAAGGGACGUGGACACCGCGCGCACAAAGGCGACAGCCGAAGGUCAUCGUAUCGUCCUCGCCGCCACCGCUCAAGGAAUCCGCUGGCACUUCAACCCGCCAGCGGCCCCGCACUUUGGUGGUCUUUGGAGGCUGCAGUGAAGUCGACCAAGUUCCACCUCCGUCGGGUGAUCGGCGAGACGACCCUCACGUUCGAGAAGCUGAGCACACUCCUCGCCCAGAUCGAAGCUUGUCUUAAUUCUCGUCCAUUGCAGGCACUCUCAGAUGACCCAGAGGACGUCUCGGCGUUGACUCCCGGUCACUUCCUCGUCGGGGCGCCGCUACUCGCUGUGCCGGAACCGUCAUUGACAGGGCAGACGGUAUCCACCUUGUCACGCUGGCGUCAUUUGCAGCAGAUGAGAGAUCACUUCUGGCAGCGAUGGUCGUCCGAAUAUUUGCACGGACUAGCCUCGCGCACCAAAUGGCUCAAGGACGAAGCUGCACCCCACGUCGGCGAUCUCUGUCUCGUGCGCUCCGAGCUCACCCCACCGAGCCGAUGGCCACUGGCUCGCAUAUCGCGACUGCACCCCGGGGACGAUGGGAUUGUACGCGUGGUGUCAAUCCGAACGGCCACGUCCGAGCUUGUGCGCCCACUCGUCAAGCUUGUUUUCCUCCCGGGCGUGAACGACGCACCUACACCGCACGCUGACACUUCGUAA